AGAAAAUAAAGAAACCAUAUUCGAUAUUGUUGCUUACACAUUGUAGCCUCCUCGAUUGUGAUCGUUCUUCUCCAGACACACAUUUCUUUAAAAGAGAAUCAACUCUUUUUUUUGUGUGUUUGCUUGUUCCUUACAUACAGCCUUCAUAACGUCAAAGCUCAGAAUACUCUCUCUCUCUCUUUCUUUCGAGGAGGAUCAUCAUGGUGAAUGUUAAAGGCUCAAUGGAAAAAUCGAACCUUGAUCGAUUUCUUCAUUGCACAACACCCUUAGUCCCACCCCAAUCUCUCCCCAAGGGGGAGAUUAGAAGAAGCCUAAAUGGAUUGUGGCAUCCGUGGGAGAGAGAAAAGGUUGAGUUUUUCAGGUUGAGUGAUUUGUGGGAUUGCUACCAUGAAUGGAGCGCUUAUGGAGCUAGUGUUCCUAUUCAUCUAUCCAACAGUGGUGAAUCUCUCGUGCAAUACUAUGUUCCUUAUCUCUCUGCCAUCCAGAUUUUCACCUCUCCUUCCUCCUUGAUCCGUCUAAGGGAAGAGUCUGAGGAUGGGGAAUCCGAUGGUAAUGGUAGGUAUCCCUUUAGCGAGUCAAGUAGCGAUGAGAGUGUCUCUGAGGAAGGACUUGAUAACCUUAACCUGAAUGAUCGUUUGGGUUACCUUUACCUCCAAUACUUUGACAGAUCAGCUCCUUAUACCAGAGUUCCUCUCAUGGACAAGAUCAAUGAGUUAGCUCAAAGAUAUCCAGGAUUGAUGUCGUUGAGAAGCAUUGAUCUGUCUCCAGCGAGCUGGAUGUCUGUUGCAUGGUACCCUAUUUAUCAUAUACCAAUGGGAAGAACCAUCAAAGACUUGUCCACUUCUUUCCUCACUUACCACACUCUUUCCUCUUCUUUCCAAGAUAUGGAGCCAGAUGAUAAUGGAGGUGACAAAGAGAGAUUGAUGCGAAAGGAAGGAGAAGACAUAACUCUGCCCUCAUUUGGGAUGGCUACUUACAAGAUGCAAGGCAAUGUUUGGCUUUCUCAUGACCACGAUGACCAAGAGAGAUUGGUUUCGCUUCAUAGCGUUGCAGAUUCUUGGCUAAAACAGCUUCGGGUUCAACAUCAUGACUUCAACUACUUCUGUAGUAUGUCUAUGACUUAUCGUGGCUAAUAUCCCCAUUCCAUAUCAUCCUUGCUUUGUUUCUUCAGACGCAAGGCUUUAGCAACGUUUUCGUUUAGAAUAGCGUUUACUUAAGUCCUAACCUUUGACAAAUAUAUUUGUUAUAUUGAGUUUGUUGCAUUGUUGAAACAAAGUAAGUUGUUUAUAGGAAUCGUGGAAAUGUGGUGGUAACUGGAACUGGUACGGAAUCUUAUCCUUCAGGUUUCACGUUAGGUUUCAAAUGUGAUCCCUUGUGCUUAAUUUGUUGUCAGAAUGGAG